CCUCGCCGAGGGUUGGGAGAAAGUGGUGUGUGUGGGUGGGGGUGACAGUGAGAGAGGUCUUGGUGUUGCGUGAAGUGUUGUGAGAUCAACAAGGUAGAGAGAGAGGGAAGCCGCCGCCGCCAAGCCGAGCAAGAGUGUUGGAGGAGGCUGUCUCUCAGCGAGUCACAAGAACUACUCUAGACAAUCGUAAUGAGAGGAGCUCGACGCUAGCCAUUCGACGCCCGCCCUCUGGCCACCCCCCUAUCCACCACCUCACCCCUCACCCCCAGGCCACUCUCCCGAGGAUUAGGAAGCACGUGGCGGGAGAGCAGCGCGGCUGUUGGCACUACACCACGCGCGCGUGCGCACCAAGACUCGCAGGAGGCUGUUGAGCUCUGACAGUGGCCAAAGAGAGAACGUUACAGCGGUGCGCAGCGGAUCACUACCACCACGACCUGCACGACACCGACACCUCGGCAGGAGAGAAGAGCGAGAGUGUGUGAGAGCGCGAGAGGGGGAGGGUUACGAUCAGCCGAUCCCUGAGGUCACCGUCACGUAAGGUGGUGCUCGUCGCAUCGCUCUGCCAGUGACACGCACGACCUUUAUUUCUCCCUCCCUCCCCUAGUCUGCUGCCUCCAUCUGUGCUCACCUCGUCUUGAUGGUGGUUGGGAUUUACCUGCGGGCUGUACGGACGAGGAGCUGACGCUGGGAGUUUUACCACCGAGGAGGCUGCUGAGUCGGGUGGGACGCUUGCCAGCAAGCGGAAACGACAGUACGACACAGAUUCGGUAGUGACGGGAGUUGUGGAAAGAACUUCUUCAGGUUCUGGUCUGCGUCGCCGGGACAACAAGCCGCCAGGAUGCUGCUGGAAGGCACGAGUCCGGAGAUGCUCACGGCGCAGUCCAAGCUGCUGUUCCAGAUCAACAAGUACUACAACGAGCGCGUGCACGUGCGCAAGGCGGCGUCGGCCAAGACGGUGCGCGAGGUGUGCAAGGUCGUGCAGGACGUCCUCAAGGAGGUGGAGGUGCAGGAGCCUCGCUUCAUUUCUUCUCUCACGGAGGUCAACGGCAGGUUUGAAGGCGUGGAGGUGAUCUCACCCAACGAGUUCGAGGUGGUGCUGUACCUCAACCAGAUGGGCGUCUUCAACUUCGUGGACGAUGGCAGCAUCCCGGGCUGCGCCGUGCUGAAGCUGAGCGACGGUCGCAAGCGCUCGAUGUCGUUGUGGGUGGAGUUCAUCACGGCCUCAGGUUACCUGUCGGCGCGUAAGAUCCGCUCGCGCUUCCAGACGCUGGUGGCGCAGGCCGUGGACAAGUGCAGCUGUCGCGAUGUGGUCAAGAUGAUCCCGGACACCACAGAGGUCAAGCUGCGCAUUAAGGAGCGCCACGUGGUGCAAAUCACGCCGGCCUUCCGCUGUGGUGGCAUCUGGUGCCGCUCGGCCGCCCACUGGCCCAAUCCACACGUGUCCUGGCCCAACCCCAACCUGGUGGCCGAGGUCAAGACGGAGGGCUUCGACCUCUUGUCCAAGGAGAGCAUCUACAUGAAGGACAAGCAGUCCGCAGCAGAAGGCGACGCCUGGGUGAUGUCCUUCCGGUAUGCGGAGGAUCGUCUGCUGUACGGAGGGUGUCGGCGGAAGUGUCUGUCCAUUCUCAAGACUUUGAGGGAUCGGCACCUUGAUAUUCCGGGGCACCCUAUCAAUAGCUACCACCUCAAGACCCUGCUGCUGUACGAGUGCGAGAAACAUCCGCGAGAGAUGGAGUGGGACGACAUGUGCAUCGGCGACCGCAUCAACGGCAUCCUGCUACAGCUUAUCUCCUGCCUUCAGAACCGCCGCUGUCCCCAGUACUUUCUGCCCACCGUGGAUCUUUUCAAAGGCAAGUCCACAGCCGCCAUGGACUCGGUGGCCAAGCAGGUGUGGCGCAUCGUCCGCGAGCUUCUGACCAACCCUAGGAGUCUGGAGGUUCUGUGAAACCACCACCCCUUUCCUAAGGGGUUGGGGGACAUCCGCUCCGGGAAUGAACACCGCAAGCAGUUUCUUUACGAGACUCCUGGCAGUAUCGACAACCAUGUGUCCGAAUGUGAGAAAGACGCGUGCGAACGUCUCAGAAAGCUUAGGGCGGGACCCAAGGCCCUGGCUCACUUUGGAAAUGCUCUUGUUCGCUCCUGAUUUGCGAAAGGAAAGUGCGGCGACCAACCUGCCGUGGGAUGGUAACAGCGGUUGUUGAAAGGUCUGCAGGAAAAGAUGAAAGCGGGGAAGAAAGCCAUGGUGUCUCCUGGCUAGGAGUUGUAUUCCACCCGUCAGAGGUCUGACGCCAACGUGGCGACCUACAGGCGGUUCACUUUCUUUUCUUCGUGUCAUCUACAACCGCCAUUUGCUGCCCAUGUGAGGGUCGAAGCAUGUGUUGAGAAAAACAACGGACGUAGUGGAAAAACAAAUUCCACGUGUGACGACUAAAAAUCUCACAGCAGUGCUGAAGGCAUGGACCAGAUCUUAUUUUGUGACCUGUGUCGUUGUGCUCGCUUAUGCUGAAGGUCAGACCGCUUUGUCCUGGAUCCUCACCCACCCCCUUUUCAACCCAUCCUCUCUUCUCCCCACUACGUUUAUCCUUCGUGCUAUAGUUCUCCCAUCUAGCUUACUCUUUCAAUAUACCAAGACAGCCACAAGGAUUGCAGGAUGUGUAAGCUGUGCACACUAUUCUACGCAAGGUGUAACCUGUGCUACUGCAAUAAUACUACAUGCACAGACGGCGAGACCAGGAGUGGGCGGGAUUCCCCCCCGACGGGCGUCAACGGUUCGUUUCAAAUUCCAGCAGCUUCAAAGUGGCAGCACAGUCGUGCAUGCAAGCCAGCGACUUCCAUUUUCUAAACCUUUCCCACGACUUCCAUUCUUAAGCCAAGGGAUUUUUUCCUCCCCACCCCCCUUCUGUGGAGAACGAGAGCGACUACAGUUACGACGUCGAGAUGUUUUGCUGUCGUUCGUGCUGGUGACUAUAUGUGAAUACUUCUGGUCUGUGGUGAAUUUCCUUUUUAUGUGGGUAACGUUACCUUUCCAUUUUUCAAGAUUGUCUUCAGAGCACUUCUGGGUGUUUUUUUUUUUAAUAUAUAAAAAGAACUGAGACACACGCUCUUGCAACUUUCAUAUGUAGGCUGCUUCAUAGGUUUACUGUUGCAGCCGCGCGGUCAGUUGUAAUACGCAAAUACCUGUAAUGGUUUUUUUCGUAUAUGUGGGAACAGGUGCAAACCAGGUUUGCUGCACAUUUAUGUAUAUGUAUACAUACUUCAAAGCUAUUAAAACCGCUUUCUACUCCCUAACAUGGUAUUCAAUGUGAACAUUUCGUAUACAUGGGGUUACCCCGUCCACUGUCACACAUAUAUUUUGCUUUCAUUAUUUUUAAUUUGCCGAACAACUAGUCAACGCAGGAAGCGCUACACGCUUGGUUGCAUCCUAUUUAUACCCUUUUUUUUUUCUUUUAAGCUACGAGUGAGAUUCUUAGUCACAUUAUUAUUCAUCUUCACUGACACGAGCAAAUAUUAAUAUUUCAGCAGAGAUAACUAGAGGCCCAUAGAAAGACAAAGAAACUUUUUUGGUUACUGCUGGCAACAACACGCACGGUCUAAAUCGGAACAGCGCGCUCACUCCGCGUGAAGGACACCACAAAUUAAUUACCUUUCUCCCUCCCUUCUCAAAACUUUUUAAGAGGUCUCUGGGACCAGGUUUUCUUUUUGCAUGGUUUGUUGGCAAGUUGCACGGGGCUGAACUAAUGCAGAAAAUAGCUAGCAGCAAGUAUUACAAACACGCAAGACUACUCGCGUCUUUCAGUACACACAGUCGCCUCGAAAUUCAGUUUAGAACCCGAACUUUAAAACCAUGUCCUGCUCACAUGCAUGGCCAUUCUCCUGUCUGUUCAGCUGACUAAAACUAAAGCAUGUCCUGCAAGUCCUGCAACUAUCUUAAGUUCACACACACACACACAGAUUUUAAUUACAACCAAAUAUGUAGCCAGAACAAAAAUUUUAAAAAUUAACAAAAGUAUAGUAGACAAUAUUUCAACGACCCUAAUAUUUGUUUUUCCUAUCGCAGCGGAUGACGGUAACUAACAAAAUAAAGAAAAAAGAUAAAUCUCUACUUCCAGAAAGAAUUCAUACUGUCACAAGGCUGACCAUCCAUUACACACGCACCUGUGAUCGCGCGCAGCACGCGCGAGAGGACAUAGACAAGGCAGCAGUGUCACAUCUUCAAAAACUCAUCCAUUUUCUCAGCGACGAUGGCACUUCACAACAAGCUUGAUGCUCAAGCCGUAAAAAUUUACGGAGACUUAUCUUUUUUUCUUCCUCCUCCUCCUCCUCCCUCUUGUCUCUCUCUCUGCGCUCAUGGCAGCUCUUUCAAGCGAAGUGUAUUUAUUUUCCUCCACUCAAAGCACACUGACGUUUAGCAAUUUUCCCCCGACUCGCUAGGGCGGUAAUAUUAUUUGGAACUUGUGGUGUCAAAAAAGGCCAUAAAAAUGAAGGAAAUGCCUCAUUUUCCUCUUCCCCCACCCUCCUUUAUUCGCAGUCCGCCCCACAUCAAUCACGCACCCACGUCCACACGUGCUAAGUACUAGGGGCUUUAAACAUGUAGCUUUAAAUACUGUAAAAUGAUUUUAACUGCAAGCCAAAAAGGAUUCUGAAAUAUCAUCUUCGGGAAACUAUGAAGCGCAUAGGAUUCUGACAUCACCAAAGAACUGUGGCUCGACUGUAAAAAAAUGAGGGCUUCAGCAGAUUCUGUCUCUAAACGGAGACGGUCCAAAUCUCGGUGAUGUGAGUGAAAUCAGGAAACGAGAUUAUCUUGCUUUUGGAACUGUCAGAAAUAUCCCUGAGUGAUAGGACGUGGCCCUGGAGUUUCUCUUCCCAGGUGAGUAGAAAUGUGAAUAUUCUUGGACUUGUUACUGCCAGCAUGUGGUGCAUGAACAAUCUCUAACAUCACACGGAUAUUUGUUUCUCCAAUGCGCAUGACAGGAUUGUAAAAAUAUUUUUUUUUCUUCUGAAAGGGAGAGCGAUAACAAAGAAUGAGGGGAAAAUUUUCUUACACGAGUGCUGAAAACAAUAAUGAAAAAAUUAAAAUCUCCCACCCGUGAAGACAACGUAGCCCAAAGAAAACGCGUUUUAAAAAAUCUCAACAACACUGCAUGAAAUUAUUUGUCGAAAUUUUACUUUUAAUCUGUUUUAAAUAAUACACUUUAAUGAAUGAAAAA